AAAAAUUAUUGGAAACAAAAACAUUAAUAUUAUAAAUUAUGACAGACACCACAAAUGACUAUUUUUAUUCUCCUUUCAGAUCUCAGACUACUAAUUCUAAAGAUUGGGAUUAUAAAAUGACAUAUUGGAUUACUAAAAUUAAAGAUAUUUAUUCUAAAUCUAAUGAUAUAUUUAUAAAUUUUAAUAAAUUAAGUGAAAAAUUGUGUUAUAAGGGCCGUCUUCCUUAUGGAAUUAAUGAAAUUUAUCUCGAAUUAAUUAAAAAAGAAAUAAUUAUUCCCUUAAAUGAAAUAAACUCUGAGACCUCUAAUUACAAUUCUUGGUUUGAUUGGAGCACACAAAUGAUUAAAUAUCCUUUAUCCUAUAUUAAUUCAUAUAUCAAAAUACCCUUUAUAAAUGAUUCAUUUGAUAAAAGUCAAAUAAUAAAGGAUCAAUAUAUAUACAAAGAUAAUUUAGAAAGAUUUGCUAAUGAAAUAUAUGAUACUUGUAAACAUAAAUUAGUAAAUCAACAAAUAGAUAGUCAUUCCUUUUAUACUUUAAAACAAGUAAAAGAAGCUUGUGGAGAAUCAAUUGUGGAUAUAGAAUCAUUAUUAAUAGCAUUAAAAUUUUUAAGUCAUAAAGGAUUAAUAUCAAUAGAAUCUACAGCUGAUAGUUUUAAUGAAAAUAUAUUAGUAAAAUUUACUCAAUAUUAUAAAGAAUAUGAGAAGCCUAUUAUAUCUCCUGAACUUGAUGUAAAUAUUGUAAGGUUGAAAAGGGUGGAUAAAAUAUUAGAAAAUGAUAUAGAUAAAUUAACAAUAGCUAUUGAUAAGUGUAUCAUAAAUGCCAAACAACAUUUGACCAUAAAUGAAAGAAAUAAAGCAAAAUCCUAUUUAAAACGUAAAAUUUUGUUUGAAAAUCAAUUAAAAAAGAAAGAAGCAGCCCUUGACAAUAUUAGGGAACUUUUAGAUCAAAUUGUACAAGUCCAGUCCAAUAAAAUGGUUUACGAUGCAUACAAAUCUGGAAUUUAUGCUUAUAAAAGUGUGGUUGCUAAAUCUAACAUUGACACCAGUAAGCUUAAUGCUACGAUGGAUGAAAUACAAGAAGUUGUGGAUAUCCAAAAUGAAAUAGAUAAGGCUCUAUCUACUCAAAUUGAUGUGGACUUCAAAUUGUAUCCUUCUCUAGAUAACACAGCAUAUGAUAAUUUCUUGAUGGCCGAGCUAGAGCAAGAAUUGAAUGAAUUGAUAAAAGAAAGUGAACAAGAUAGUGACAAAAAUGAAAUUCCAACUAAUUUAUAUCCCAAAAUUCCCACUAUUGUUUCUAAAGCUGAAAAUAUUACUAAAUUUAAGGCAGAUGAAAAUGAAAUUGCUUAUCAAAAUUUAUUGGAUGAUUCUAUUUUGGAAGAUCUUUUGCCUGAUAUUCCCAGCUUUGAGCCUUCAUUAAUCACCCAGAAAUUAUUCAAAAAGAAGAUUCUUGAAUAAUAUUAUAAUAUUUAUCCCAAUGACAAUAAAUUUAAUAUGAUUUUUUUAAUAAAUAAAUGGUAAUUUAUACAUCAUAUCUAAAUAUUGUAACCACAUGUAUAUAGUAUGGUAUGGAUUAUUAAAAAUUAUACCUAAAGAUCAU